AAAUAGGUGGAGUCGUCAUGCUAUACAACAAUUUCAAUCAGUAAGUCGGCCGCAACUGUUGUAAUUAAGGCACCAUAACUUUCUUAAAGCAAUGUUUCAAUUAAAAUAUUCCAUUUUAUUAAUUUGUAUGCUCCUACAUAUUUGUCAUAGCAGACAUGGCCAAAUAUCAAACAAGGACCACAGCUAUGAAAAAAUCAAUUUUGUCAUCCCUAUAGAAGUUUGGAAACAAGCACUCAACCCAACUCCUGUACUAAAAUCGCCUGUCACUAUAGUAUUGCCUGUUCACAUUGCGGAUGAUAGUGACGGCGAUAUUGAUGAAGACGUUGAUAAUGAAGUAUUAGAAGAUGCAGAAGACCCGAUUGAACCUACACCUGCUCAAGACCCGAUCGGAUCGAUACCUGAAGAACCAAUUAGCGAUAUACCUGUGACAUCCAUAGCGCCGAUAGUUGCUGAUGUUACACAGAAGCCAAUAAUACAAAAUGAGGCUACACAGUCACCUAUUCAAGGUGUAAACGGUACAGUAAUAAGGUUUCCAUGUCGGUGCAAUUCUGAACAAUGUGGCUGUUGUACUGGUGCUCUAUUACAGCGAUUCAGAAUGAAAGUCUGUGGAAACAUAUCAUUUAUUCCUGAAGAUUUCGUAUUUGACGUCAGAUUGAGUGUGAAUAACAAUACAGUUGUACGUCGCAGAGUUUCUGCUAGCGACCCACCCCCAAUAUGCAUUAACCCAAGAAGAGCACCGUUUGUGCGAGUUUGCGCUGAAAUAAGCAAUAUACGUAUCAGGAAUGGAAAUGCAUUUGCUUGUUUGGAUAUUAAUGCUGAUAUAGCUGGUUUCACGAUUUAUUCAGCUUCGUUCAGAUGUUUCGGACUUGGUACUUCUGGAGUACAAACUGGCUUAAAGCCUAAGCCUACAUCAUCAGGACCGAAACCUAUUAAUUUAUUUGGGAGCAAUAACAAUCAACAAGAAGGAACUAUCUUUGAUGCAGCGAGUGGACUCUUCGGCGGUGGUUCUGAUGGUCCAUUAGAUGCUAUUGGUGAUGCCCUGGGUGACUUUUUUGAUGGCAGAAAUUUGAAAACCCGAUUAAUAUGUUUCGCUUCUUCGAUAAAACCUGUUCAAAUCUCUUCAAGUGCACAGACUCGAGCCUUAUUCACACAACAGGCUUACUCACAAGUUCGCGCCAUUCUGUGUUUUAAUAUUAUAAUGGUUAAAAUUCCGUUUUUCGUGAUCGUGACAGUGACCCUGUUUUUUCGAGCAACAGGAAAUAUAGCCGAUAAUGAACCUUUUAAUAUAACUAAUUUGAAUAUUCAAGAAUCGGAAUGGCCUGAUAACUCAUCAUUGGUGUCGAGAUUAAAGAUGGGUAAUUUUUCGGUUUUAUCUCACUUCGCUCGGCAAGAACAAGACGAUGGACAAAAUGGAUCCACAACUUCUUCGAAUAGGCGGUGUACUUGUUCUUUAGGUGUAUGCAAGUGUUGCACUGGAUAUGUUUUAGAUCUAUUCAAGCAGAAGGCUUGUAUGAAAGUUACAUAUCAUCCUGGGGAUUUUGCAUUUGACGUUGCUAUGUCUAUGAAUGAUAGAAUUCUAUACGAGAAUUCCAUGUCAGGUAAAAAUCCACGUCCUAUAUGUAUAAAUCCACCACGCAUGCCGAAUUUAAAGAUAUGUGCCCGGUUUUACAACGUAUUUUUCCCUGGCAGAAACUUUCACUUCUGUUUGGCUAUGACCGGAAAAUGGAGAGCUUUAGAGCUGUUCAAUUUGGUCUUUGACUGCUUAAGAAUGGGAGCAAAUGGGAUAGCAAUGAUACGACCAGAAGAAAACGGUGGGUUGCCCAUUCCUAAUCCACAAGGAGGGGUCGAUGCUGUGAUAGAUGCCGGCGAAGACGAUAUAGAAGAAUACGAUGAACAAAAUAUAGUUCGGUCACUGCUUGAGAUAUUCGAUCGUUAAUUCUAAGACAUAUUAUACACUUUAAUUAAAUUUCAUAUCUUAUCGUAGAGAUAGUCUGCACAAACAUUAAAUUAUUUAUUCAUAAUUA